CCUGAGAUACCAGCUCCGUGACGGCUCCUGGUAACACGUGAGACAUGUUUUGGAAGUUUGACUUGCAUACAAGUUCACAUGUGGACACACUUCUAGAAAGGGAAAAUGUUACCCUUUUCGAACUACUUGAUGAAGAGGACGUGUUGCAGGAGUGCAAAGUGGUCAAUCGCAAGCUUGUGCAAUUCCUUGUCCAGCCUCAGCACAUGGAGGAACUAGUGACCUGCAUCACACAGGAGCCCUCCGGUGAUAUGGAUGAAAAACUGCGAUAUAAGUAUGCCAGUGUGUCAUGUGAGAUACUGACAGCAGACGUAUCACAGAUUAAUGAUGCGUUAGGGGAAGACGAGUCUUUACUGAAGCAAUUGUAUGGCUUUCUGCAGCAUGAAGAAGACUUGAAUCCUUUGCUAGCCAGCUUUUUCAGCAAAGUGAUGGGAAUACUUAUUAACCGCAAGACAGAACAGAUUGUUGCCUUUCUUCGAAAGAAAGAUGACUUUGUGAACUUACUGCUUCGGCAUAUCGGCACAUCAGCAAUUAUGGAUCUACUGUUACGGCUUUUGACAUGUGUCGAGCAACCUCAGCUGAGGCAGGAUGUGUUCAAUUGGCUUAAUGAAGAAAAAAUUGUUCAAAGACUGAUUGAAAUGAUCCAUCCUUCAAAAGAUGAUAAUCAACAUUCCAAUGCUUCCCAGUCACUAUGCGAUAUCAUUCGUCUAAGUCGUGAACAGAUGAUCCAGAUUCAGGAUAGUCCUGAGCCAGACCAGUUAUUGGCUACACUGGAAAAGCAAGAGGCCAUUGAGCAGCUUCUUGGCAACAUGUUUGAUGGCGAGCAUAACGAGUCUGUGAUUGUGAAUGGCAUCCAAGUGCUUUUAACAUUACUGGAGCCCCGUAGACCUAGGUAA